AUGGAGGGGCGCCAAAGCCUUCAUAGUGGCGUCCUCGCAUGUGCGUGUGUGUGUUGCCUGUGUGUGUAUGGGUCUGUAUGGCUUGGGAUAGGCUGUUAUCGAGAAGGCCUGGCUGAGGUUCCUCGAAAGAGAGAGGACACUGCUGGCAGAGCUGUAGCUCAGGUGCUAAGGAAUGAGGCAGCGUGCGUGGUGCAGAGCUAUUUCAGAGGGUAUUUGUUGAGAAGAGUUCUUCGGGAGGAGCUUGAGACCACCGUCAUUCGGUGGACCGACGCUCCCCUCGGGAAAAAGCAUGAGGCUGAAGUGAGUGUCUGCGAGCCGCCUCAUUGGAGGAAGAAGCUUUCCAUGCACUUUUGUCCUCUAAGGAAAGCAUAUACAUGCCCCGUGCAGAUUGUGAAGGGGCGGCUGCGGGUGCAGCUCUUGGUUGAUGGGCGCCCCUUUCCCCCGCACCGAAGCCUCAAAAAGACGGCAUCAGAGGACGAUACUCAUGGGGUAUUGCUGCUUCCAGGGGUUUCUUUAGGGCAGCGAAUCGCCCCCCGCUUUCCAUGGAGAGCUGCGAGGCACUGGUUACAGCAGCAGCGCCCGCCGCAGCAGCUGAAGCAGUUAGAAGGGCACCAGCGGAAAAACCAUGAGCACCAGCAAAGGAAGCAGCAGCUUGCCCAGGUGCGACAAGUCCAUCCAGCAACGGAACGAGACACACAGGCAUGGGUAGAAAGCGGCUCUCUAGGAGGCCCCCUCAGGAACCCCCGGCUGCCUGCAGGGGGCCUUUUGGGGACCUCUGAGGUGAAGGGAAUCUUCGGGAGAACGGCUGAUUGCUCUCCCGGGAGUCAUCGCUGGAGCUGUGACACUGAUACGCAGGAGGAACCCCCUUCGUCGGAUACGUCUUCCAGUCACGUGUGGCUUUGGAGCAACAGCAGCAACGGAGACGAGGAACUCUCUCCCUUGCAGAGGGGGCCCUCGUGGGCCUCCGGGUCUCAUCGCAGUAUGGGGCAGCAACGCCGCGUUCCAGUCAAGUGGAUGCAGCAGCAGCACCAGGAGCAAAAAGAGCAACAGGGGGGCGAGCAGGCACAGGGAGAGCAGGAGCGCCAUCAGCAACCAAAUAGUAAUCUGAGAGGACUGAGAACCCGUAAGAGCAUCAGCACUUUGGACUCUGAUGGGCACGAAUCUCCUUCCAGUGCCAACGAGAGCACGGGCGAGUCGGCAGCAGCCUUGGGAGAAGACCCUUCACGGUGGAAGCCGUCAGCAGAGCGUGAGCCGUUCGAUGCCCCCACGUUCCACACCACUUGCAUCCAAACAGCCUUAGGGCGAGACCGAGAAGGGGCGGAGUGGUGGGGGCCCAGAGAAGAAGAUUACCCUUGGAGCUCCUGGCCUUGGAGCCUUUCCGUGUCUCCCCAGACAAAGGCCUCAGAGGCACCACCCGUGGUAUCAGGAUUCCAAAGGGACUGUCGACACUUCUCGGGCUGGAGCAGUCUGGCUCCGUUCACUCCUGCUAGAGGAGCUCGCAAUUGUUCGAACGGCGGCAGUGGCGCCAUGCCCCCAAGUCACGCAUGGGCGUUGCAGGGGUCUCUAGGGCCCCCACGAAAGUGCAGAGAGGCCCUCAUGGAGAGCGCAGACCUGACGGGAGCAUUGCUCUGGGCCCGCAAGAGGAGUCACAGGCACCGGGUGCAAAUAGCGCUGCUGAAUGGCAAUGCAGCAACAUUGGUGGGUGCCGUAGCACCCUCUCCGAGUGCUGCAGGAGCUGCUGCAAGUGCUGCAUCAGGAGUAGUACAGACUGAGGCAGUAGCAUCUGCAGUAUCCGCAGCGUCGGAAGCGUUGUGA